UUCCCGGCGGGCCUACAGUGGCGGGUGCCCAAGAUGGUCGCUCCCGCAGCUGCGUAGAGGCGGCAGCGGUUCAGUCUCGGGCUGUAGGGCGAGGCGGGCGUCUGGAAGCGGUCCUCGCCCAGGUGACAGGAGGUCGGGGAGGUGCCGCCGGGCCUCGUGGGGUGCCAGGCCCACUCGCUGCAGUCCCCGGGCCCCGCCGCCUCCCUAUCCCUGCCCCCGGGUGGAACCGAAGAAGGUCAGGUCCGCCGCCCCGCCUGUCCUCGCCUCAGGGCGGACGCUGUGUGUGGGUGGCUCACUGUUUAACAUUGACUUCACCCAAGUGCAUUCUCCAUGGCGGCCUCGCAGGUCCCGGGGGAGAAGGUUAACAUCCAGGCAGGAGAGACGGCCAAGGUCGGGGACAGGGACCUGCUGGGGAACGGCUGUUCGGAGCAGGACAGACCGCCGCAGCGCUCGUGGAGGCAGAAGUGCGCCUCCUAUGUUCUGGCCCUGCGGCCCUGGAGCUUCAGUGCCUCACUCACCCCGGUGGCCCUGGGCAGUGCCCUGGCCUACAGAUCCCAGGGCGUCCUGGAUCCCAGGCUACUGGUGGGUUGUGCCGUAGCUGUCCUCGCUGUGCACGGGGCUGGCAACUUGGUCAACACUUACUACGACUUUUCCAAGGGCAUUGACCACAAAAAGAGUGAUGACAGGACCCUGGUGGACCGAAUCUUGGAGCCCCAGGAUGUCGUCCGGUUUGGAGUCUUCCUCUACACCUUGGGCUGUGUCUGUGCUGCUUGCCUGUACUACCUGUCCCCUCUGAAACUGGAGCACUUAGCUCUCAUCUACUUCGGAGGCCUGUCUGGCUCCUUUCUCUACACAGGAGGAAUUGGAUUCAAGUACCUGGCUCUGGGAGACCUCAUCAUCCUCAUCACCUUUGGCCCGCUGGCUGUGAUGUUCGCCUACGCCGUCCAGGUGGGGUCCCUGGCGGUCUUCCCGCUGGUCUACGCCAUCCCCCUCGCCCUUAGCACCGAGGCCAUCCUCCAUUCCAACAACACCAGGGACAUGGAGUCCGACCGGGAGGCUGGCAUCGUCACGCUCGCCAUCCUCAUUGGCCCCACUCUCUCCUACGUGCUCUACAACACGCUGCUUUUCCUGCCCUACCUGAUCUUCAGCAUCCUGGCUGUGCACUGCAGCAUCAGCCUGGCGCUGCCCCUGCUCACCAUUCCCAUGGCCUUUUCCCUUGAGAGACAGUUCCGAAGCCAGACUUUCAACAAACUGCCCCAGAGGACUGCCAAACUCAACCUUCUGCUGGGCCUCUUCUACGUUUCCAGCAUCAUUCUGGCACCGGCAGGCAGUCUGCCCAAACUCUAAGGGGACCAGUAGCCGCACGCCACAACAUGUCCCCCCUUUCUCAGAAUGUGUUGAAGGCAGAGUGUCUGAGGAGGGAAGGUGAUUUGGCAGUGAGGGGCUGAAGGAUGGCUUGUGAACGCCCACCUGUUUUUAUUAUUACAUUCUUAAAGAGAAUGUUUUGUUUUUGUUAUUUUAUUCCGUUUUAUGGGGACUCUUGAAACCACUCUGGUGUCAGAACGAGGUAAAUUGGACGCAUGGCCCUUGUUUUAUUUAUAAUUUCCACUAGAGGGUGAUGUCAGGUCACUUUUAGUGGGCUACGAUGCCCUAAGACUUGGUGAAGGAACCGCGCAGACUGGCCUCCUGUCCUGAAAGAGCCAUAGUAACUGGGCCAAGUGUCCUCUGCUCUUUUGGUCUGGUUUUACACUACCUGGAGAGAGAAAGUCCCUCAUUAACAGCCCGACUGGGCUCUAGGCUUUUUGCCUGAAUUGUGAUUCAGACCCUUUUGUCCUCACUUCACUUAUUGCCACAGUUGAGGAAAAGCAUCAGAUCACCCUGCAGCAGGACAGUGGAGCAGAGGGCUUGGAAGGAAAAAA